AGCCCGCACUCGAAACUGGCUCAAGUUGCAGACGUCCCCGGUCGAGUCUCGGGGUUUAAAUUGCCCAGCGGAGCAAUUUUGUGGGGAUGCUCCGGAAGUGCCUGGUAGUGUUGACCGCCGUGGGACUCUACGGCGCGCAGCCAAGGCUUUUCCCAGGGGAGGCGUCAGCAGACUUCAAGGUGCUGAAAGCUGAGGAUGCCCCGGUGCUUAUGGCACACCUGAAGAGGUAUGAGAAGGAGCUAGGCGGUGACUUCUUGGCAUAUCGCAACCACUGCCUUCGGGUCCUGUCCUUCACCACCUACUUCCUGGGCAAAGAGCCUGACGCAGGUGGCCGGCGAGUGUUGGAGUCGGCGCUCGCCUUCCACGAUCUGGGCCUCUGGAGCGACAUGGCCGCGAGCUAUUUGGGGCCCAGCACGGCCAGGGCGAGAAAGGACCUGCAGGGGGAGUAUAGCGAGGCGGAGUUGAACCAAGUGGAGGACAUCAUCAUGAACCACCACAAGUUCACUGAGCUUGCGGACCCGCUGGCAGAUGCCAUGCGAAAAGCAGACUGGCUGGAUUUCACCAACAACCUUCGCUUCCCCUUGCGCUCGGGGAUGCCAUCGGGAAACAUUGCGAAGGCCAACGAGGAGAUGCCCUUGGAGGGCUUCUUCACUGCGUUGCUGAAUCGCCCCUUCAACAUCCGACCCGACAAUCCCAUUAAAGCAGGUCUCGAGGUCAUGGAAAUCUUCCGGUGGUGAAACUGCGGACGGAAAAUGAGGGAAAAGGAAUGUCCUUCCCGGGCAUCGGGACGCUUGCGCGUGUUUGCUACAG